AAGUGGCAAACUGGCUUGUCAUAAUAUUGUCCACAUCGGUAUAUGCUUCCUUGUCUAGUAAUAUAUGCUCUGUUCCUUCCCAUUCACAGACUCAUCUCAGUAUUUUAAGAAAAGCCAAAAAGGUAACACAGAAAACAAAAACGGAGCAUUCAAUAAUGGCGAAGAGGAAGAUCACCCUAUCUUUGUAUACUCUGGCUCUCACUCUAUCGGCGGUCUCUUUGGCAUUUGCAGUCAGAGUAGUGCCUCUCACGCAACCCCAUGAGAAACCGACUUUUCUAAGACCAACAUUCAAUCGCAUUUUUGAUACUUCCUUGUAUGGGAUUUUGCAACUUAACAACGGUUUGGCUCAAACGCCUCAGAUGGGGUGGAACAGCUGGAAUUUCUUUGCCUGCAAUAUCAAUGAAACCGUGAUCAAGGAAACUGCUGAUGCACUCAUCUCAACUGGCUUAGCAGAUUUAGGCUAUGUGUAUGUCAAUAUAGAUGAUUGCUGGUGUCAAACACGAAAUUCGGAGGGUCAACUGGUCCCUGAUCCUAAAACAUUUCCAUCAGGAAUUAAAGCUCUUGCCGAGUAUUUACACGGAAAAGGACUCAAGCUUGGAAUUUAUUCUGAUGCUGGGGUUUUUACGUGUCAAGUUCGACCAGGAUCACUUUAUCAUGAAAAUGAUGAUGCAAAGCUGUUUGCUUCUUGGGAUGUGGACUAUUUGAAAUAUGACAACUGUUACAAUCUGGGCAUCCCGCCAAAAGAACGAUACCCCCCAAUGCGCGAGGCCCUAAAUGCAUCUGGACGCACAAUUUUCUAUUCAAUCUGUGAAUGGGGUGUUGACGACCCGGCUUUAUGGGCGGGCAAGUUUGGAAAUAGUUGGCGUACAACAGAUGAUAUCAAUGAUUCUUGGGCAAGCAUGACAACAAUUGCUGAUUUGAAUGACAAGUGGGCGGCGUAUGCAGGACCUGGUGGAUGGAAUGAUCCUGAUAUGUUGGAAGUUGGCAAUGGAGGCAUGAGUUACCAGGAGUACCGUGCUCAUUUUAGCAUCUGGGCUUUGAUGAAGGCCCCUCUUUUGGUUGGUUGCGAUGUAAGAAACAUGACUGCAGAAACAUUCGAGAUUCUAAGCAACGAGGAGGUUAUUGCUGUUAACCAAGAUCCACUUGGAGUUCAGGGAAGGAAAGUUAGUGUUUCUGGAACAGAUGGUUGCUAUCAGGUCUGGGCAGGUCCUCUAUCCGGACAUCGGCUGACCGUUGCUCUUUGGAAUCGGUGCUCAAAAGCAAAGACUAUAACAGUUACUUGGGAAGCACUUGGACUCCAAUCCAGCAUUAGCGUCUCCAUAAGAGAUUUGUGGGAGCACAAAGAAGUAGCGGUUGAUGCUGUAUCGUCGUUCGGUGCUUGGGUUGAUGCUCAUGACUGUCGGAUGUACAUUUUUACUCCCCAGACUCCCGCUCAGAAAUGUAGCUUAGCCUUAACUUAAAAAGCACCCUUUCAACAAGAGGUGAUGUCCAACUAUUAGUGCACCGCGAUGAUUCUCUGCAAGAGUUCAUGGCUGUAAUCUGUAAACUUUUACCAGAACUUGGAAGCCAUCUUAGUGCCAUCUGUUAUGUAUUUGUUCAUAAGAAAGUAUUUGGAUGUUAGUCUCGGUGUUCAUAUUGCAUUGUAUAUAUUACGAUAUACUUAUUUGGAAUGACCAUCAGUUGAAAUAA